AUGGAGGUGGAGGCCAGCGGUCAGCGCGACGGGGCGGCGAGCAAGUUCUCGCUGCCGGUGGAUUCAGAGAACAAGGCCAAGUCUUUCAAGCUUUUCUCCUUCGCCAACCCGCACAUGCGCACCUUUCACCUUUCAUGGAUCUCCUUCUUCACUUGCUUCGUCUCCACUUUCGCCGCGGCACCAUUGGUGCCCAUCAUCCGCGACAAUCUCAACCUCGCCAAGGCCGAUAUUGGCAACGCCGGUGUAGCGUCAGUGUCCGGCUCCAUCUUCUCAAGGCUUGUCAUGGGCGCCGUAUGCGACCUCCUCGGUCCACGCUACGGCUGCGCCUUCCUCGUCAUGCUCAUUGCGCCCACCGUCUUCUGCAUGUCACUCAUUGACGACGCAGCAGGGUAUAUCACGGUCCGCUUCCUAAUUGGCUUCUCCCUCGCCACGUUCGUGUCAUGCCAGUACUGGAUGAGCACCAUGUUCAACAGCAAGAUCAUUGGCACAGUCAAUGGACUGGCGGCAGGGUGGGGAAACAUGGGUGGUGGUGCCACUCAACUCAUCAUGCCGCUCGUAUUCCAUGCCAUCAAAAAGUGUGGUGCCACCGCAUUCGUGGCAUGGCGCAUCGCCUACUUUGUGCCGGGGAUCAUGCACAUCGUCAUGGGUCUACUAGUUCUCACAAUGGGGCAAGAUCUCCCUGAUGGUAACCUUGCAAGCCUUCAAAAGAAAGGAGAUAUGAAGAAAGAUAAGUUUUCCAAGGUCUUAUGGGGCGCUGUCACAAACUACCGGACAUGGAUUUUUGUUCUUCUCUACGGAUAUAGCAUGGGUGUCGAGCUCACCACCGACAAUGUCAUCGCCGAGUACUACUUCGACCACUUCCACCUAGAUCUCAGCACCGCUGGCACCAUCGCAGCCUGCUUUGGCAUGGCCAACCUCGUUGCUCGCCCCGCGGGGGGCUACCUCUCAGACCUCGGUGCUCGCUACUUUGGUAUGCGUGCCCGCCUCUGGAACCUCUGGAUACUCCAGACUGCUGGUGGUGCCUUCUGCGUCUGGCUCGGUCGCGCAACCGCCCUUCCAGCAUCGGUCACCGCCAUGGUCCUCUUCUCCAUUUGUGCCCAGGCUGCCUGUGGUGCCACCUUUGGUGUUGCGCCCUUCAUAUCCCGGCGGUCCCUCGGUAUCAUCUCUGGGCUUACAGGUGCUGGUGGCAAUUUUGGCGCGGGGCUUACGCAGCUGCUUUUCUUCACGUCAUCGCAAUAUUCAACUGGCACUGGUCUGCAAUACAUGGGCAUCAUGAUAAUGUGCUGCACGCUUCCCGUCGCAUUUGUGCACUUUCCACAGUGGGGCUCCAUGUUCUUCCCUGCCAGCGCUGACGCCACCGCGGAGGAGUACUAUGGGUCCGAGUGGACAGAUGAGGAGAAGAAAAAUGGACUCCACAUUCCGGGGCAAAAGUUCGCCGAGAACUCCAUCUCGGAGUGUGGCAGGCGCAACAUCAUCCUCGCCGCGUCUGCCACCCCGCCGAACAACACUCCCCAGCACGCAUAA